GUUUCUUCCAUUCUCGCAAAGCAUUUAUUCUUCAACAACUAUGGAAAACCCGAUUACGAUCUGUCUAAAAAUGCAAAUAUGGUGUUUUCUCCACUCUCAAUUCAAAUUGUUCUCGGCCUUAUUGCUUCUGGAUCCAGUGGUGCUACAUUGGAUCAAUUGUUGAGUUUUCUCAAAUUUAACUCUGUUGAAGAACUUAACUCUGUUUAUGCUCGGGUUAUUGCUGAUGUUUUAGCCGAUGGAAGCCCUAUGGGAGGUCCUCGUUUGUCCGUUGCUAAUGGAGCUUGGAUUGAUCAAACUCUCUCGUUUAAGCAUUCUUUCAAACAGGUUAUGGACAAUGUUUAUAAGGCUGCUGCAGCUUCUGUUGAUAUUCGGUACAAGGCUGAUGAGGUUGCUGCUGAAGUCAAUAAGUGGGCUGAAGAGAAAACAAAUGGUCUCAUCAAACAGAUUCUUCCUCCUGAUGUAGUCACUGGCGGGACUCAGCUGAUCUUGGUGAAUGCACUAUAUUUCAAAGGAGCCUGGAAUGAGAAAUUUGAUGCUUCAGAUACGAAAGAUCACGAGUUCCAUCUCCUCAAUGGAGGAUCUGUUCAAGCACCCUUAAUGACCAGCCGAAAAUGGCAAUAUGUGAAGGUGUUUGAUGGUUUCAAAGUGUUAAAGCUUCCUUAUAAACAGGGUGAGGACAAGCGAUUUCUCAGCAUGUAUAUGUUACUCCCAGAUGCACGUGAUGGAUUACCAGCUUUACUGGAGAAAAUUAGUUCAGAACCUGGAUGUUUAGAUCAACAUAUUCCGUUAACAAAAGUUAGAGUGCGCAAGUUUCUUAUCCCUAAGUUCAAUAUAUCUUUUGGACUUGAAGCUUCUAAUGUUCUAAAGGGACUCGGCCUCACAUUACCUUUUACUGCCGGUCUCACUGAGAUGGUGGGCGAGAAUUUGCCUCUGGUAGUUACACAUGUUUUUCACAAGUCGUUUAUUGAAGUGAACGAGGAAGGUACAGAAGCUGCAGCUGUUACUGAGGAGAUAGACUUUGUUGCUGAUCAUCCCUUCUUGUUCCUUGUGAAAGAUGAGACUGCUGGUGCUGUUUUGUUCAUGGGGACUCUGUUGAAUCCUCUUGUUGUUUAGCAUGUUGCUUCACUACUUCCAUUCAUCAAUUUUAGUUAGUUACUUUGAUGUUACCUUUAUUUUAGUAUGAAUUUCAUAUUGUCUCAACUACAGAAGCUGUCCCUCAGUUUGUUUGUAUUCAAGUUUGUUCUUCAUUUUUC